AUGGAGGUGGCUAGGGUGGAUGAAGAUGCAACACAGGAAGGUUCAGCAAUGGGUUACCUGAGUCUGCCUUAUAGUCAAGAGCAGGAGUUGUAUCCAGGUUUUGAUCCUGCAUCUGAUGACAAGAUAUUCAGUGAUGACCUUGCAGUCAUCCCCAGACGAAAACGUAACAUCUUUUUCCCAAGUGGAAUCAAGCUUUGUGCACAAGAGACCGCUGAGCAAGUGGCUGCAAAUCAUCUGAGCUACUUUUACCUUAGAGUAGUGGCUAAUGUAGCUGUUAGCCGGCUAAAGCAGAGGGUGAGCGUCGAGGUGUGCCAGGAAACCAUAUGGGAGGCUUUCAAGAUCUUCUGGGACCGCCUGCCAGAGCAAGAUGAGUACCAAAGCUGGAUGAGCAAGUGCCAGGAGGGUGCAGUCACGGCACAAGAUGUUGGCACCUACUUCAGCCAAUCAGAGGAGCAUCAAGCUCUGGUUAAAAAGAGAACGGCAGCAGCAGGGUCACGCAGUGAGCCCACCAGGUCAUGGCAACAUAUGUGCAGCACUCCAGCACCUGAGGCAGCAAAAACUAUUGAGGCCCCUGAGCUUGAACCCAAAAAAGAAAAAGAGCUAGAGGAUGUCUCAAAGGAGGAAAUGGGCGAGCAAGCAAACGACAUUGUCCCUGUCCUGGAGGAGAGCUCACUGGACAAUGAUAUUGCCAUACAGCCUCCCACUCCUGCUGCAUUGGAGCAGGUGGUGAAGCUCAGCAUCCUCCUGACAGGAGAGGUAUUCAACAACAACCUGGACGACCCAAGCAGCACCCAGUACCAAACACUCAGCUCACAGCUCGGUGAAAAGAUAACAGAUGCUUUGGAGGAGCUUCCUGGAUUUAAGAGUGUAACGGUGCUCAGCUUUAGACCUGAGACGGACGUCCAAGGGCAAGAUGGUGUGAUGGUAGAUUUUGCUGUCUCAUUGGUGGUGGAUGGAAAUGGAGCAUCCAACGAACAGAUGGACUACUUAACACUGCAGUCCAACCUGGUGGAGAAUUCCUACCGUGAGGUCAUGGAGCUAAAGCGUCCUACAGUCUACACCAUAAGCGAGAUCAAAAACUUUGUCACUGAAGCCAUGCAGCCACCCGAGCUGGAAAGCGUGUCUGAGGUCCCCGAGUCUUUUAACACCGCAGGAGGAGAAGGGGGAGAAGCUGUGGUUAAAGCUGCAGAUGAGCCACAAGAGGUCAUGAUCAUUAAAGAGGACAACGAAGAUGUAAACAAGGAGGAUGUCCUCAGGACUCUGCAGGCGACGGCAGAAAAUGAUGUCAUUGUCCUGGAGGAGAGUACAGUGGUGUCUCCUGCUCCUGUCCUGACUACGGCUGCACCGGAAGUUCGCAGUAUUGCAGAAGAGGGUCUUUUACUAAAGGAAGGUGUGAAUUCCCCUCCAACCAAGGAGAUCCCAGAUGUGCUCCUGCCCAAACCGCCACUGGAGGUCGAGUCCUCUGGUUCAGGCACAGAUGACCUGGUGGCUACCACGGUUGCAAGUACAAUCUCUGAAGCAGCAACGGAGAGCGUUGAGAUUAUUGCUGUGUUAGAAGAGCCAACCGCUGCAUUAUCAGAUGGCGAGGACGAAAAUGAGAUUGAUGAAGAGGAGGCAGAGAAUCCUGAAGAGCUUGAGACCAUAGAAGAAGGCCUUCCUGCUGUGGUUCCACCUCCUGAGGCUGUAGAUGUGGUGAGUGAAGCGCCAGAGCUGAAGCCGCACAGUGAAGUACCUGUCAUUGAAGAGAGCGGCAUAGACGAAAUUACUCACAGGGAAGAAGUAAAGGAAGAGUCUGUACCUGAAGCUCCAGCAGAAGAAGAAAAGGCUGCAGAGGCUCCAGCAAUCUCAACAGAGGAUCUUACAGAGGAUGAGAUCAUUCUGGUCAACAGUGAGAAUACUGAGGUACAAGUGGCAGGCGCUCCAAACCCUCCUCAACCGACUGCGCUUUCUCCAGAGAAAGAGUCACCUUUCACCCGUAUCUCUGAUGUAAAGCCAAUCCCAGAGGGGCAGCCUGACAUCAUCAUCCCUUCAGGGGUGGAGAUUCAGACUAUUAAUGAAAUACCUGACGAUGCCACUGCAGGAGAUCAGGAGUUUGAUUUGAUUCAGUAUGGCUAUGGUUUGAUUAACCACACAGAGGAUGGCAGCACUAGCUUCCCGUUUGGUGUGGCACACGGCACAGAUCAAGUCAGUAUCGCCAUGCCUGCAAACCCUGGACGGGCACUGAUGGUUUUCUUCAGCCUAAGGGUGACCAACAUGAUCUUUUCUGAGGACCUCUUCAACAAGAGCUCUCCAGAAUAUAAAGCUCUGGAACAACGCUUCUUAGAGCUGCUCGUUCCCUACCUGCAGUCCAACCUGAGCAACUUUGAGAACCUGGAGAUCUUAAACUUCAGGAAUGGAAGCAUUGUGGUCAACAGUCGGAUGAAAUUUGGCAAACCUGUGCAACAAGGUGUUACUAGCACUGUUUAUCUGAUCCUGGAGGACUUCUGUAACACAGCUUACCAGACCAUGAACCUGGCCAUAGAUAAAUACUCACUGGAUGUGGAGUCAGGUGACAAGGCUGACCCCUGUAAGUUCCAGGCGUGUAACGAGUAUGCCGAGUGUAAAGUGAACAAGUGGUCUGGGGAGGCAGAGUGUGUCUGUAACGCCGGCUACUUCAGCAUGGACGGCCUUCCCUGUCAGAGUAUCUGUGAGCUGCAGACAGACUUUUGCCUCAAUGACGGCAAGUGUGACAUCAUCCCAGGCCAGGGAGCCAUCUGCAGGUGUCGAGUCGGAGAGAACUGGUGGUACAGAGGAGAGCACUGUGAGGAGUAUGUUUCUGAGCCACUGGUGGUCGGUAUAGCGAUCGCCUCUGUGGCUGGAUUCCUAUUGGUGGCCUCUGGAGUAAUCUUCUUCCUUGCAAGGACACUACGGGAUCAGUAUGACAAGGAUGAGUCAGAGGACCCCAUAAGGCGAGCCGAGAGUCUACCAUCACUGGAGAGGGCAACCAAAUACAACCCAAUGUAUGAGAGUGAGGCUACCACAGGCUACAGCCACUACUACCGCCGCUACCCUGAAGCGCCGGUGUACAGCAGUGCAAGUGCCGAGGCCUCCACUGACUUCAGCAGCGAGGAGAUACGACACAUCUAUGAGAACAGUGAACUGACCAAGGAGGAAAUCCAGGACAGGAUACGUAUUAUUGAACUUUACGCCAAGGACCGGCAGUUUGCAGAUUUCGUACGGCAACAUCAAGCCGCCUUGGAUACCCGCAGAGAGAGCUCCUCAACACAGGGAGGAACUCUCCAGUGAACAACAAG